GCGAUUGUAUCUGAGGUGACAUUAAACCCCACUUCAACAGGGGCUAUGAGCUGGGGCCGUCGUCUUGCACGGGGAACGAACCGAAGAGCCGUCAGAAAAAGGCAACUCAUAUUGUGAAGAAAUAACGGAGCAAAAUCGAUUUCCUAUCGAACUAGCUUGCAUUUUGGCGGCUCUGGCUCCGAGUGGCCUCUAAAACAGAAGAAAAUAGAAGCGAUAAGUCAACGACUGGGUGGCGGACGACUUCCUUUCAAAAUAUUGCUGUUGGGGUCGUCAAGAUAAUACAGACCUUUCCCAGCAAAUAAAAAAGUCUCCCAAGGCGAAGUAUCGCGUGUUCAAGCGGCUAAGAAAAAGGAAUGUCACAAAGGCCAUCGAAUUAAUGCUUCUUGAAAAAAAAAAAACAAAAGUUUGGCCAAUAAAGCGCUGCUCAGUGCAGGCAUACCCAAGAAGCCGAAAAGUCAGGAGUGUUUUGUGCAUGCCCUAGAAAAUAUUAUUGUCUGAGAAAAUAGUGCUUGUUAUGUUCACGAUCAUUGUGUGGUGGCCGCCGAUGGUCGCUAUUUAGAAGAAAGAAAAAACGCAGUCAAAAAGUGGCGAAAAGCGCGAAGAAAAAUAAACAACAUAAAUCAUUGUCGUAUAUGCUUCGUAACGGCGGUAGUGAUUCGCGGGAGAAACAAAAAAGAAAACCGUACAGUCCACUGGUCGGAAAUCGGAGUGCACGUGAUUCGAUCCGGCUAGUUUGGCUGGUCGGGAGGCUUGAGCCAACCACACAUUAAAAGUAGUUCAGUGGAGUGAAACGUUUAACGGCAUUGAAAGAAGCGUCUGGCGGAGAUGGCUCUAUCGUCGGAUCCGUACGAGCAGAAGCUGUACAGCUUGUUCCAAGAACACGAUGUCCACUCGCGGGGAAAGCUGGGCCGGGAAGCACUGAUGAAGCUGUGCAAAACGUUGGAGCUGGCGAAACCGGCGGAAUUGCUGAAACGGCUGCUACGCGACGGCAGCAGAAGUCAGGUAUCGUUCGGCGAAUUCCGUGAAGGUUUGCUGUUCAUACUGAGCGGCGAGGAACCGGAGCCGUCGACGUCAUCGCCUGCACAGUCGCAUAAAUCGCAACGAACUGUGCCAGGUCAGGCAGAUUCCUCCGACGGGCAGAAUGUGUCAACUGGUUCACCCACAGUCGCAGUCUCCAACACAAGCAACAGCAGUACCGGAUCAUCGUCACCACAAGCGACAGCCCCGGGUAGCAUAAUGUCCAACACAUCGAAUCAUCCUCAUCAUUUUACCUACCGCUGCGAUAACGACCAGUCAGUUGCAGGCGAGAGCGAAGCAUCUCAGCAACAGUCAUCAGUCGUAAAGAUAAUCGGCUGCAGCAAUAGCAGCCUCUUAGUAGUGCCAUCGGGUGAGAGUGAGGACGAUCUCGUGCAAACAACGACCGGACCCGCCACCCCUACCACUGUGUACGACAACGAAAAUGAGUCAUCCGAUCGCGAGGUGUCGCCUAAAUUUGUAGUCGGAACGAAAAAGUACGGUCGUCGAUCACGUCCCCGCGAGGACAACACCGGACUGGAUAGCUCUUCCGAUUUUAGCAACUCGGACAACGAAUCUGUUCCCCAUCAACAUCAGCAUAAGCAAAAAAUCAAUUCUUCCUCUACGGCGGAUAGCGCCUCGAACAAAAACUCAUCAUCUUCUAAAGUGCAACGAUCCGCCUCGCAGAGUGACAUUCACGGUUCGAAGCGACGGCGGCCAAUGAGCGGAAGCAGGCUCAAGCGAUGCGCCUCACUACCGACGCAUCGGCAGCGACCGGAUUUCGUAAAAGUGAACGCCAAGAACGUGCGCGAUAAGCUCAAUAUGGAUGAGAAAAUCGACAAAAAGAUCUAUUUCAUGAAGUUGUCGGAAAACUUGCGGGACAUUUGGGACUCGCUGGUCGGAAGUGGCCACGGCGAUCUACUCAAUCAAUCACAGCUGGAGGUCGUUUGUGAACGGGUGGGCCUGCAGAAGCUUCCAGCUAAGUUGGCUGCUCGCGAAGUGUUUGCCAAAUUGUCUCUUCAGCCGAUCGAGGGAAUCAGCUUUGAUGAUUUUCUAUCAUUGCUGCAAAGCGACUCAGAUAUUCUAUCCAUCGGCGGCGGCAGUGAGAAGGAACCGGCAGUAGGGGGCGAUGGUGGCAGUAGUGUGCGGGUGCGAUUGUUCGACGAGAGUGACAACUUCAAGGUUCAGGAACUGGAUCGCGAUAGCGUGGAGGAAACGGUUGGCUUCACAAUGCGAAUGCCAGCGGAGUGGACGACGGAGAUCGGGUCGCUUUCGACAGCCAUCAUCAUCGACAUGUGGGAGUCGGCCGGCAUCGGAGAGCCACGAAGUUUGCUACAGGAUUUGGGCUUCUAUGGGGACGAGGUGCAGGUAACGGAGCUGAUCUCCGCGCUGGAGGACGAACAGCAACGGCUGGGUGAUGGCAACGAUACUUCUGUGGUUGUGCGGGCAUCCCUGGCCCUCCACAAAGCAGAAGUGAGCGCCCUCCGGCAGGCCUUCCUCCAGCUCAUGGAGGAGAACAAGAAACUCUAUUCCGACAACAAGGAAGCCAACCAACGUGCGCAGCUCUUGCUGCAGGAAGUCGACGAGCGUCACAACUCGUUGGAAAAUGCUACGCGCGGCAAGAUCCGUCUGCUAGAGCAGCGCCAUCACGAAACGGUGAAGGAGCUCACAUCGCAACUGGCGUUUGAGCGAGAACAGCUGUCCUGUGCAAAUGCCGCCUUGGAGAAGCGCAUUCAAGGGUUGGAACAGGAUGAGAGCAAAGUGAAAGCGGAAAUGAAUAGGCUGCUGGAGGAGAAUGAUGGAUUGAGAACGGAACAGGAGAACCUCACAAAGGAGCUCACGGAUAUUCUGGAAAAGAAUAUAAAGCUGAAUAGGGAUAUCACCGAGUUGGAGGAGAACAACAGAAAUGAUUUCGAUGAUGAUUAUGCAGGGAAGAACGACCUGGAGGUUUUGGAGUUGAUUGAAAAGAAUUCACUGCUGCAAGAUAAGAACAAAGAGUUGAAGGACAAGAAUGAUGAGUUGAGUGUGGAGAUUGAAUCGCUGAAUGUGGAAUUGGCUAAGUUUAAAUUGAAGCGAAGUGGGAUCAGUAGGACAAGUUCGUUGGAUGUGUCGCCAGUGCAAGUGGAAUCGACUGGAUUCGAAGAGAGUGCGAGUACUGCUAGGAAGCGUCAGGGGGAUUCUCCGAGCAAGGCCAGAUUAUCAGAUGAAAGUCCGCGAUUAGGCAAAUUUAGGAAGUGUAGCAAUGAUGCAGAAAAUGAGUCUGAUUCGAGUGGGGAUUGGAUGGCUCUGCACUCCGAGCUUGGGCUUAAAGUGGAUAGUGCAAUAGCUACUUCUUUGGGGGUUAAUGUCGAGAGUGGCUGCAAAGAGGAAGAGUUAGAGCAGUUAAAGUCGAAAAUUGCUGAACUGGAGAAGAAAUUGUGUUUGAAGAAAGAAGAAGAAGAGCCAGUUGAUGGCGAAAAGAGUGAAACCAAUAAUGUACAGGACAAUAGUGGUGCCAGCUCUUCGGAACAGGUAAAACUGAAGACCCGGUGCGAUGAGUUGGAAGCAAGCCUUGAGCAAAUGAGCAAGGAAUACGAAGCUUGCGAAGAUUAUUGGCAAGCGAAGCUGAACGAAGAGCGAUUGCUGUACGAAGAGGAGCAACGCGUUGCUGAUGAUAAAUUCAACGAGCUUUUGAAGAAGAUGGCAGAAUACGAAGAACAGUUUGCCGGUCAAGCCGGCAAUAAGAAUGAAGAUGGUCGAUUAUCGCCAAUCGAGGAAAAAGAUGUUCUGGAGCAGCAAUAUUUAGAUUUAGAAGCGGAGUUCCAACAGACACAGUCAAUGCUAGAAGAGAAGACACAUGAAGUCGAUAAGCUUAGGGGCAGGAUCCUGGAGCUGGAGCAACUUACCAAAUAUCCGUCGGAAGCGCUGCUGGCUACGCCGCCGCGAAUCAAUACGCCUGAGAUAGAAAGUCCGGCAAGUUCACCAAUAAGCUAUCUUUGGAACCAAAGCACGAUUCAAGCUCCGGCUACCAGGGACUACCAGAAUCCCAACUGGUGUCAGGCGCUAAAAGCGAACAGUACCCCACUAGAAACAAGUCGGAUUGGCGACGAGUGUAGUGCAACCAGCAGCAAAUUGGACGCAUCACUGUCUUCACUUCCGUCAAAGAUUGCUGAGGAGUUGAAAAUCGAUGGCGACGAUACUGGGUUCGACCGCACGAUAUCUCCAAUUCAGAAACCGAUUACUAAGGGGGUGGCUACCUCCACACCUUGUGUCGCAACGGCGGAAAGCCAGGAGCAAGUGGAUUGCUCCGAUGUGUGCUCGGUGAAAUCGACCCGAAGUACGCAUAGUUUGGCCUCUACCCAUAGCAUUCACAAAUCUGUUUCGCAAACGGAUGUCGCCAUGGUUAAUCAGGAGCAGCUCAAGCUCCUGGAGCUUCAGGAUGAAAUCAAAGAGUUGACCCAUCAGCGUGAUUGUUUGAAGAUGGAGUUCCAGCAGUUGAACGAAGUGAAACCAAUUCUGGCGCGCACCUACAACAAAACGGCCAAUCCGAAUAUGACGCAGAAGAUUCAGCACCUGGAGCAGAAAAACCGGCAACUGCAGGCGAUGUUGAAGCAGCAGCAGAACCAUUCCGAGCAGAUUUUGGAGAGAAUCUGGAUCCAGCAGCGCAGCGAAAUUGCCGAGCUACGCCAGCAGUUGGAUGCCCAGAACAUGAUCAUUGCCGACCAAGCAACACGCCUUGCCAACAACGACCAACUAGUGCGGGAGCUGUACGUCGAAAACGGUCGGCUUCUUGGCCAAGUGCAACGAUUGGAACAGCAGAAGGCCCGAGCCACCAUGCUCCAGCAGUUAUCGCAAGCCGCCUCCGCUGGUCACUGCCAUGCGGGUCAGUUGAGCGGAAUCGUACCGGGGAUGCCCUAGCGCCUCAGGCUGCCCAUCAUCGGCGUGGGCCGGGAGUGUUUCAAUGUGUCAUAAUCGAUAAGAUUGCGUGUGUUUUUAUUGUCCUACUGAAUGAAUCACAUUUACCUGUUGAUCGCUUGGAAGCGAAUGCGAGUGAGCGAGAUGUAUGCGUCAUCGUUCGAGAAUGCACUUCUAUUGCAACAUUGCGCACCAAAAACUGAGACCAGAGUAGAGCAGUUUGAAUGAUUAUGAUUAUUAGAAUUUAUUUACUAACAAGACGGAUCGUUUUCGAAACACAAACGAGUCUGGUCUGAAUUGUACAACAAUUCCUCAAACAUAUUUGUAAUAAUAUAUUUGCAUAUUUAUUUUACCUGAUUAGAUAGAAUCAAUUCCGGGAGCUGUCCUAAUCGCUAAAGAGGGCCUGGAGAUAUCAGAUAAUAUUGUAGAAAUCAAAAAGUCAUGCAAAUGUAGUGGCUAAAUUUAGGAAAGCUUACACUCGUCACAUUUGUACUCGAUUUCUUAAAAAUAUGGUUGUAGGCUGCGUCGUGUCUUGUCAAAUGUGGCAUUUUUAUGUUUUUGUAGCAGCUCCUUCAGAAGCUGACUUAAAACGUUUCAAAAGAUAUUUUCUACUUGCAACUCCGUUUUUAGGCACUGAAACUAGUUUUCGCCCUAACUGGUCUAACAUGUAAAUCGACUGAAACUAUUUUCUAUUAGUCUGAAAAUAGAACCAAACAAAAGACAUUUGUUUCUUUUUUAGGAAUGCUCAGUGGUAGUUGUUGUUAUUGUUUUUAUAUAAUUUUCCAACACUCACAUCACAAAUUGGAGUGCUUUUCAGUGUAGUAAAAAGAUCGAUAUUAGAUUUAUCUAUCCUAGAAAUGUAGAGGCUAAGAAGAAUGAUUAGGAUUGGGUUAAUUUUGUCAAAAUUGAGUGUUCAGUGAGAUUUGGUUCGGUUGUAGAUGUUUUUCUUGCACUUAUCCCAGAAUAUACAUUACAAUAUAUGGUUUUUUAUGUAACGGGUGUCAAUCUUCGAAGAAAAAACUAAAAAAAAAACUAUCCAGUUUAAAUGCAACAUUCAUUAUUCAGAGAUCACUACAAGCCUGUAGGUAGAUAUUAUCAAGCAUGAAAGUUGACAAAAUUUUCCCUAUUUUGAUCAUUUUAUCCAAGCCGUUUGAUGUUGUAAGAAGUAUAGAUAUAGAAAAAUAUAAAAGGAACACUGGCCUUAA